AUGGAUUCUCAAAAACUACGCACAGAAGGAACCCGAGUGAUUGACAUCGUGGCUGAUUAUUGGUAUGGACUAAGGAAAAGAAAACCACUUCCCAAUGUGAAACCUGGAUUUAUGACUGCUUUAGUUCCAUCAACACCACCAGAAGCGCCGGAAGAAUGGGAGAAAAUCUAUGGCGAUUUGGAGAAAGUGGUUUUUAAUCCAGCAACUCACUGGAAUCAUCCACACUUUUUUGCCUAUUUCCCAGCCGGACUUGCUUAUCAUUCAAUCAUGGCUGAUAUUCUUAGCAGUGGACUUUCUUCAGUUGGAUUCUCGUGGAUGGCGUGUCCUUCAAUCACUGAAUUGGAGAAAGUUAUGUUGGAUUGGGUUGUCACUUUGAUGGGACUUCCCGAACAUUUCAAGAAUUCACACCCGGGCCCUGGUUGUGGAAUUAUUCAGUUCUGGCUCAGACUCAAUUCUUAUUGCAAUUUUGACAGCUAGAGCUUCAAAAGUUGAAGAAAUCAAAUCAAAUCCCUCAAUUUUCAAGUGGCUCUGCAAUUCUCUGAUAGGAAAACUCGUGUUUGAUCUUCUCACUCUUAACUUUUCUGGUCCAAAUGGAAAUGGAAUAAGCUAUGAUUCAACAGAUGUUAUCACUCCGUUCUACCACGAUCCACGUGUCUUCCAACACUUUGUCAUGUAUUUCUGUGAUCAAGGACAUUCUUCAAUUGAGAAAGGAGCUUGGUUGGCUGGUGUCAGAUAUAGAAAGUUGAAAGCAUACAAGAAAUAUUUGGGAAAUUAUGGAUUGGAUCCGGAUGCUCUGCGCAAGGCUAUCAAGGAAGACAGUGAUCGUGGUUACAUUCCCUUCAUGCUGGUUGUAACUGUUGGAACAACUUCUACUUGUGGUGUAGAUGAAAUUGAGAAACUGACUCCAAUUUGUAAGAAAGAAGGACUUUAUGUACACGUGGAUUCGGCUUAUGCUGGUUCGUAUGCACUUUGUGAAGAGAAUAGAUAUUUGGUGCGCGGAGUUGAAGACGUGGAUUCAUACAACACAAAUCUUCAUAAAGCUGGAAUGAUUAAUUUUGACUGCUCACCAAUGUGGUUUAAGAAUGGAAUCUAUGCAUCUCGAUACUACAAUGUGAAUCCUGUUCACUUGGUUCAUGAAUAUCAGGCAUCUGCGACAGAUUACAGACAUCUUGAAAUUCCAUUGGGACGUCGCUUCCGUUCUCUUAAACUUUGGUUUACACUGAGAAACUGGGGAGUCGAAAAUAUCAAAAAUUACAUGAGACAGACUAUGAUUGUGGCAAAUUUCUUCUCGAAAAUUAUAGUUGAAGGGGAUAUGUUUGAGUUAUUCACACCUCCAAUUCUUGGAUUGGCUUGUUUCCGUCUUAAAAAAUCAUUCAAAUGCAGAAAAUGAACGUUUGUGUAAUGCAAUUAACAAGGAUUGUCGUAUCCACAUAAUUCCAUCAUCGGUUCAUGAUGUCUUCCUUCUUCGUUUUGCUGUUGGAAGUCCGAUGAGCAACAUUGGUGAUGCACGUUAUGCGAAGAAGGUCAUUUUUGAAAUCACCAAGAAGCUGUUCAAAAAGUGA